AGCUGCGUUGAAAGACUUAAGGGACUCUUUUUUACCAGGAAUUCUUAUUUCCCAAAACAAUUUUUACCAACAUGACCUCUAAUUCCAAUUUAUCCAACAUGCGGCGGCUGGUAGAACAACUGAAGCUCGAGGCCAGUGUGGAGAGAAUCAAGGUGUCCCAGGCUGCUGCAGAGCUCCAGCAGUACUGUCUGCAGAAUGCAGGCAAGGACGCCCUGCUGGUCGGAGUCCCCACAGGCAGCAACCCCUUCAGAGAACCGCGCUCCUGUGCUGUCGUGUGAAGCCAAAGAAGUGGAAGAGGGAACGGACACAAGUGGCACUAUGGCAUCUCACUCACUGAAGAAUUCUGCUUCGUUUUUAGUCAUUUUUACAAACUAUUUUACUAGAUUUCACUUUGUUUUUUAAAGAAAUACAUAAAAAGUAAGACUUGACAAAUAUGUGUUGUCAUUAAAAUCUGUUUCUACAUUACUGUA